UCUUGUCAGAUGGGAAUGUUUCAUGAUCAGUUAGUUUAUCAAUCUUUCUGUCUAUGUUUUAGGUCUAUGCAUCAUGUCUCACAGUCUUCCACUACAUUAUCUGCUACAAAUAAUCAAGAACACUCGUUUAAGGGAAAAGAUCAAUGCUCAAGUUCCAGUUCCACUGUUUCAGCACCAGAGCUUGCAAAUUUGCCAAAAAGUAUUCAUGUACAAAGAAACAAAUUAUCCAUAAGUCAUGCAGUAUCAGACUCAUCGGCUAACCAAAUAUUAAACAUUGAGGAUACUUCAGUUUCUACGUUGACACCAGAAGUAGAUAAUGAGGCUGCAGAUCCAGGUGAUGAACUUUCAGCAAGUUCUAAAUCUACAAUAUCCGCUCCAGAGUUGCAGAAUAUGCUUAAGAGAAUUGAUAUUCUAGAAAAUGAAAUGUCUAUGCAUCAUGUCUCACAGUCUUCCACUACAUUAUCUGCUACAAAUAAUCAAGAACACUCUAAGGGAAAAGAUCAAUGCUCAAGUUCCAGUUCCAGUGUUUCAGCACCAGAGCUUGCAAAUUUGCCAAAAAGUAUUCAUGUACAAAGAAACAAAUUGUAAGUAACUUAAAAAAAUGUGUGUAUCAGUCAAUGUCACAUUAUCAAACUCAGUAUUAUAAAAAUCAGU